AUGAAGAUCUCCACCCUCCUUCCUCUCACUGCUCUGCUAUCCUUUGCCGCAGCCGCAGAGUCUGGCUCGUGUCUGAAAAACUGUCUGACCAAAGCUGGUAGCGCAACCGGCUGCAAGGACACCUCGUGCGCAUGCUCCAACGCGCAGUUCAAGACUCAGGUACAGAACUGCGUCACCUCGUGCCCUGCGGGGGAUAAGGAUGUCGUCAUGGCUCCGGUUACUGCUGAAGAAGUCGUCCAGUUCCUGGUAAGCUGCAUCCGGAACCAGAAAGACAACAAGAUCGACUUCGAAGGGGUUGCAAGAGAUUGCAACAUUGUGUCCAAAGGAGCUGCUGCCAAGCGCUAUGAAAGAAUAUUGAAAUCGAACAACAUUCAUCCAUGUGGCGGCAGUCUGACCAGCACGCCCAGUAACACCCCUGAGAAGGACGCCAUUGCCGCUACCAGCACCACCUCUACCCCAACCAAAAGGGCGGGUGGCGUCAAACGCAAGGCAGCCUCUCCCAAGAAAGCUAAGCCGAGGAAGAAGGCGGUCAUGAAGUGCGAGGAAGAUCUAUUGGACAAGCAGAAUGACAACUCCGACAAGGGCGACGAGAACGAUGAUGAUGACGAUGGCUCUCUGGUGGAGCUAGGGUUCUCGCACAGUUUAGUGCUACAUAGUAAAAGAAUGCUCUCAUGCUUCGGGUCAAUGGGUGGCUCAGCACCGUCAGGCAAACGCAUCCCCGAAAAGGAAUGCUACUUUAUCGAGUGUACAGAGUAUAACCCCGACGAGAAAAGCACAAGUCCCUUCCUUGGGGUCAUUGAUUCCUGGGCUCGACAUGAUUCCAUCCAACGUGGCUUCACGAGCUCACUUGGUCCCAGAACCCCCCAUUAUCCGGGAGAGGAUGACAAACUGCGGGCCUCGAACAUUUCGCGCCGGCGUGGCGGAAACUGCCCCAACUCACUCGAAGUCCUUAAGCAGCUGACGGGGCCAAGUCCCUCGUUGGACCUCAUUGCUGUGCUGCCCGCCAAGUCAUCGAUCGCUUCUCAGCAGAUCCGGUCGGCCUUGGAGCCCCAAGUCCGCCUCGACCAUUGCAUUUACCGCGAGGAGUUCAAUGAACCCGCUUCCAGCUACAUCAUCAAAAGUGAAUCGUCCGGUAGCAGGACGAUUGUGAAUUACAAUGAACUGCCAGAAAUGACGGUCGGCGAAUUUACACAGGUCGCAGAUGCUUUAGGAUCGAAAGCUGGAUGGUAUCAUUUCGAGGGUCGCAUACCAGAUGUGAUCCUCGCCUGCAUACGCUAUCUUCGAGAGCGCUACCCAUCGGUUCGAGUCAGCGUGGAAGUCGAAAAACCCGGACGACCGGGUCUGCAGGAUCUGGCAGCGGAAGCUGACGUUGUGUUUUAUUCCAAGACCUGGGCCCAGGGGAACGGUUAUGCAUCAGCCGAAGAAUGCCUGCGAAAACAGUCUCUGUUCACACGCAAUCCGUCCUUACUCUUUUGCACAUGGGGUCAAGACGGCGCUAUGGCUCUAGAGACGAGCACUGAUGAUUUCAUUCAUAGCCCGGCAUAUGUAGCACCAGGCUUUCAGGUGGUUGACCCUAUUGGUGCUGGUGAUACAUUCAUAGCUGGUAUGCUGUACGCCUUAAUCUGGCAAGGAGACAAUUGGGAUGUUUUGAGGAAGCUUGAGUUCUCCAACCGAGUGGCAGGGAUGAAGGUUGGCCAAGAGGGGUUUUCUGACCUCGCAAGGGCUUUGCAGGCCUGA